ACAACGUACAACCCCCGAGGAAGGGUAAAAUGGAUUUGCACACGAUAGGCAGCUCGGUUGCGGGCUGAUGUUGUCCCACAUCUAUUUCUGCCAGAAACAGUAGGUGACAUCGAGGCGGCGGCGGAUUUGCGGCCUCGAGCGGGGAAGCCCCUGCGUCGGAGCUGCCGUGUUUGCAUGGGAUAGCACCAAGGCCAGGUUCGGCUGAUAAUGGGAUGUAACCCCUUCUGCAAGCUUGAGCUGCAAGGCCCCGACAGCCGACAUGACCUGCCAUUACCACCCCAGUCAUUCCGGUACUUAAGCCGACUGUCGCCCCCUCACCGGCGCGGGCGCGCGAAAGGUGAGCCUCACUCGCGGUGCCUUGCCCUCGAAUCACCCUGAUUUCCCUGGGGCGGACCUGCACUUCCCUUGUGCGGCUCGGAAAAGAGCUCUUCUGACAGGGAACACGCAAGAUGCAGAGUCCUAGCACCAUGGCCCGCAGUCGGCGGUCAGGCAUGGCUACCGCCGCCGUGGCCGUGACGUCGCUGCUGCUCCGCGGCGCCUACGCAGUCCCGUGCACGCCGCGUGACCCCUUCGCCGUGGUCGACCCGCAGAACUGGGUGAACCCGGACAACAUGACGUGGGCCGACUACAAGCGCCCGCCGGGCACCAACUGGUCAGACCCGACGCGCCGCGGGUCGAGCCGCAACUUCAACAUCGCCCUCGUCACGCUCGACUACACCGACAGGCCCUUCAUCGUGACGCAGCCGGCCCUGUCGACCAUCUUUGGCAACCCACAGCCCGCCAAGGCCGACGUGCCCCGGGCCGGCGUCCCGGCCUUUUACCGUGACCUGCUCAACACGCCAACGGAGAUCAACAAAGGGCACACGCUGCACGAGUACUGGAUGGAGGACUCGGCGGGCAAGUUCGGCGUCGACCUGACGGCCUUUGGGCCCUACCAGAUGCCGAAGCUGAGCUUCCAGUACGGCAUCGACAGCGGCUUCAACGGGGGCGGGUGCCCGGCAGGCCUCGCUUGUGACUUUGACGUCCGCGGGGACGGCCUGGCCGCAUGGCGGCGCGAGGUCGGCGAGGAGGUGGCAUCCUCAUUCGAGCUGGUCUUCAUCCUCUCGGCGGGGCAGGACGAGUCGGCGACGUGGCAGGAGUUUGGCGAAAUGAAGUUCGCGACGCGCGAGGAUGUGACGCCCGAGUUCGGCCCGCCCCCGGGGAGCAACCUGACUAACUACGCGCGCACGCGCUACGUCGAGUGGACCAGCUGGGCGUCGGCGGCGACGCUGUGGCCCAACGCGGGCGGCGGGUCGUCGACGCAGGGCGAGAGCAGCGGCAUGGCCGUCUACGCGCACGAGCUCAGCCACCUGCUCGACAUUGGCGACAACUACAACAACCCCUACUCGGUCCCCGCCAGGCGCUCAUACACGGGGCCCUGGUCCAUGAUGUCGCGCGGCUCCUUCCUGGGGCCUGGCGGGCCGCACACGCGCUGGCAGGUGCCCGCGCUGCACGGCAGCAGCAUGGGGUCGCUGCACACGGUCCGCGACAAGCUCUUCCUCGGGCUCGCGUCCAACUCUAGCAUCGCUCUGCUGUCGCGCGACGGCCUGGCGGGGUCGGGCCUGGCGCUGGCGACUAUCACGGCGCGCGCUAUCGACCCGGGCCUGGGCGGGCUGAUGGGCAUCAACGUGGCGCUCGGCAGCCGCGGCGACCUCUCGCCGCGCUGUGACGUCAACACGAACCCCUUUUGCGACGGCGGUGGCUACCACAGCUACUUCGUCGAGGUCGUCGACCGCAUCGGCUCCGACUCGUUCCAGGCCGACGCGGGCGUCAUGCUCAGCAAGUCCAAGGACGGCUCGCGCCGCCCGUCGCAGCCGUUCCAGUGGACCAUCGACGCGAACCCGCAGGACAUCGCCAUGGUCGACUUCAUCCGCCCCAACGGCUCCGCCGCCAUGAUCACCAUCGGCGACUACCGCCAGCUGGCCGACGCGCUCUUCCACGCCGGCACCCGGUCCGGCAGCCAGUUCGAGCACGUCGACGAGGCCAACCGCCUGCACUUUUACGUCCUCGACCGCCACCGCGACGCCGCCGGCGUGCUGUCCUACACGGCCGCCGUGCGCUCGCUCGACGGCUCGGGCGGGCCCAGCGCGCACGCCGUCAAGCUGGCCGACGGCAUCGUCGCCGCCGCCGGGUCGCCCACGGGCGCGGGCACGACCUGCUUCUUCGAGCUGGCCAACGCCGGCACCUACGUCGCGGGCGGCGGCGCCCUGCACCCGCGCGACGCGACGGCGCUCCUGCAGUCGGACGUCUACCGGCUCAACGCCACCGUCUCGGGCGCGGGCUGGCGCGUCGCACUGCCCAACGCGCUCGCCCACGCGCGCUUCGGGGCCACGGCCUGGGCGCGCGUGGCCGUGGCGGCCGCGGCGGACGCGGACGACGAGGCCGUGGUGACGCUGACGGCCGUGUCCGAGUCGGACAGGACCGCGGCCGCGACGGCGGUCUGCAGGGUGAAGAAGACGGGAGCGUAGGCCUCGUGGGGAUGGAUGGCUUGUAAUGCAGGGGCUGAAUAGCUAUUACACAAGCAUUGCCCUAGAUCUUGGAAUAAAGCUGGGGGGAUUCUUAGACAUUAACAAGAUCAAACUAAUAUAGCCAAGACCAACCCAUAAUAACAUCUUAUUGCCAA